CGAAGAUGUCAGCAUCAUUGUUGACCGCCGCCAAACCAUCUGAAAUCAAGCUUUUUAGUGCCUCCGGUACCCGACUUGGUGAUUCUGGUGGAAGUCCAGACUUACCGGAUCAUCAAAACAUUGAGUCAGAUGCAAUGGAAAUCAAAAACGACGACCAUCGAUCUAAACCAAAUUCGAAGAAAAGACAAAGGGAAUACACUUCAGAAGCUGGUCAACGUUUUCCGAGAUUAAGAUCGUCUAAUCAUGAAAGUCUUUCCGAAUCAAAAAAAUGCAGUGUUAUGCGAUUCAGGACUUCCUCAUGUAUUGUAUCUAGUAGAAAUUCAAUCAAGAGUCAAUCUAGAUUAAUUUUUGGUAGACCAGGUUCCAUCCAAUUGGAUGUCUCCAACUUCAUACUUGAGGUAUCAAGCUCAGCUGCAUACGCCAACGAGGUUGCCCGAGCUGAACGAUUUAGAUUAGCCGGAAACCACAUGUAUCACGAGAAAAACUAUACAGAUGCGGUCGAGCUAUAUACCAGAGCUAUACAAGCUUACCCGCUCAAUUGUCAACCUCAUCAAGAAGCUCCUGCCGGGUUGGCCACCUCAUUCGCCAAUCGAGCCUCAGCCUACAUGGCCCUGAAUCAAAUUACACCGGCCGCAGCUGACCUGCUACAAUCUUUUAGAUCUACCCACCUACCAGUCUGGUUAUCGGACUCAUCAAGAUUAUCAAUCGGCAAACGUGUUUUGAGAUUAGUGAAAUGCCAUUUAGCUUUAUCAAAACCAAUUGAAGCAACUGAGGCGAUUGAACAUCUUAGUAAACCUACUUCCCACGUUUUCAUUGACGCUUCUCAUCCGUUGUAUCCAGAGAUCACAUCCUUAGUCUGCAGAAUUAAGUCAUUGAAAGAGGCAAAGAGGAAUGACACUCAAACAGUGAAGCAAGCUUGGACUCGCAUUCAAAAUGCUGAUCAAGCGGUACUGGCUCAUCAUGCUCAAGUCUACAACUUUGAACCGCUACGAAAUCCUAACACGGAACAUAUGACUAGCAUGAUCAGAUCACUCUUAUCUCAAGCCACUCAGCAAGAUUGUCAGCAUAUCUCAAAGUUUCCAAAGGAACACCAGUGGCCUAUCAGCUCGAAGCUUGAUGCCUCAAGUAUCAUCCAAGAGCGCUCACCAGAAAGUAACACAACAUUUCGAAACUCUACCACGGCGCAAAACCCUCUAAUCCAGUCCAGUUCAUCUUGUCCAGAGCCCCCACCUCUCAUUGUUUCGGCACUGGACCCCAAGGGUUAUUAUGCGAUCCUUGGAGUCUCUCAUUCCUUCACUGCAUCCCAGCUUAAACAAUCAUAUCGAGACCUUUGUCGCAGAUUUCAUCCAGAUAAAGGCGGUGCGGCCAACAUGUUCCAACAACUACAAGAAGCUUUCGAAACUCUAUCAGAUCCAACCAAAAGACGGGAAUACGACAGCGGGGAUCGUUGUUGGGCGGGGGCAAAGCUCUUCAGAUGGUGA